GAAAAUUUAGGGGGAAAUUAUGUUCAAUCACUGCCCCUGCGGUGGUGUUUAAAGUAAGAAAAUAAAGAUAUUGCCCUUAAAAAACCCAAGACAUCACUAAUCGAAAGUGUUCGCUCAGACAGCGCUUACGACAACUCGACAUACUUCACGUAAUGUCUGACCUGCGAAUCACAAGCUGACUCUUUAACACGAUAAUCAGUUAUAUAAUUAUAAACACGACGACAGUUUAUAUACAUUUUAUUGGAGGAGCGAGGUUGCAGCAGACUCGCGUGCAAUGUUGGGGGGUCAGGGAAUACAGCCUGUCACGGUGGUCUUCAACAACUCCAAAAACUGCUUUCUUCACCUGUCAUCAAACUUCGCCAUUCAUCUCUGUCUUCGUGAGAACCAGAUCGUGGAGUUGUCGUGGGGUGUUUCUGCACCCGUGUUCCUCAGCUGGAUCAGGACCAGACAGUCUUCAGGUCAGGAUGACAGAGUUGAGAUCAGCAGACAGCUGGGAGAAAAGCUUGGACUCAAGGAUGGAGAGCAGGGCUUCUUGCGGCCGUGUCAUCAGGUGCAUUCAGUGCAGCAGGUGUUUGUCGAGCCUCUCUCUGCAGAUGACUGGGAGAUUCUGGAGCUCCACAGCAUAGUUUUGGAAGAGCGACUCCUGGAUCAGAUUCGAGUGGUCUACAGUGGUGGUGCUUUCCCUGUGUGGGUGGAUCAACACACUGUCAUCUAUAUUAAAAUAGUGUCCCUAUCUCCAUCUGUCUCAUAUGGCCACCUGGAGCAGUUCACUGAGCUUGUUGUUUCUCCAAAACUACAUCCAAGAGGUGAACAACUCCAAACUCACCCCAUAGAGACAAACCGUCAUCUACAAAAACAGCAGAAUGAUGACCACACACAUACUUCCAUCUCAUCCUCCAUAGCCUCCAGUGUCCAUCAGGAAACCCCCGGAGAUCAUCUGGAGUUGAACCAAAGUCAGAAGGAGGGUCAGUGGGGAGGUAUCGCUGACCUGAAGAGCCUUAUUGCAUAUCUGUUUGCAAGUCGACGUGAGCCUGCAAAGGAGGAUCUUACCAUUCCCAUGAUUCCCGUUUUACUGAAAGACUGUGUCCUCAGAACAUGUGGAACCCCGCCUAGAUUUAUUAACCACCUUGGGCAAUGUUAUGAUGUACAUGUACUGCCAUGGAAUCUGCAGGAAGAAAACUGGAGUCCAGGGCAGUGUGCCUUAACAUACGGGAGACUUUCGAAGAUUUAUUCUCCCAAAGAGGUCAGGGAGAGAGUCAAGCAGGCCAUGGAGAAGAAGAAAAUCAUGGAAGGACCUCAGAAAGAGAAAGAUCCAGAGGACGGUAAGGAGAACAGUGUUGUGGUCAGGAUGCUGUGUCACAACAUAGAAAAGCUGCAGGAGGAUCAAAAGUUCAACAGAAGUGAAGAAAUUUACUCUGGGAAAGUAUGGAUCCCGGAAGCGCUGCAGAGGCGAUUGAGAAUAACCCCUCACUCUGCUGUCAGAAUACAGCCUCUAAAAUCAACACAUAGGGUAGCAGAGACAGUCACGCUACAACCAUUACAAGCACUGGCAGAAAGUGAAAGAGAGGAUGAAGUACAGACUGCAUUCCUAGACUGGCUGCAUGCUCAGAGUCAUGAGCCUCUGUCCUGUCUGACAGCACGCUCUAACAUCAUCCUCCUACCCUGUGCUGAAGGAAAGUCAGAAUUUGUGUUGAGCGUGUUAAAACCAGAGCAACAGCAAGAUGAUGAGAUGUUCUUUCUAUCAACUACUUUACUCAAGAAAACAGAUAUACAGAUUGUAAAGGGGCCACAUCAUUUGGACAACAGGGGUUCUUCAGACUCUGAUAUUGAAGAUCCAUGUCUCGGAUUUCCCUCCUUCAGCUCUCUUGGUGGGGUAGAGGAUAUCAGCAGAGCGGCCUUUGAGCACAUCUCUCAUGCUUUAAUGGGAGGUCCUCUGUCCCGUGAGCUGGUUUCAAUGGGACGAGGACUUAGGGGCGGAGCUUUGCUCAUCACAGGUGCCAAGGGCAGAGGGAAGUCUUCUCUGUCUAGAGCACUGUGCCAAAAAGCAAAUAAAGAGCUGGAUGCCCAUGUGCGAACGGUGGACUGUAAGAUGCUGAAAGGCAAGAGAGCAGACACAAUCAGACAGAGGCUGGAGGAGGUUUUUGAGCAGGCGGUUUGGAGGCAGCCCUCUGUGGUCCUGCUGGAUGAUUUGGAUCACAUCACGGGUGCUGCAUCUUCACCGGAGCAUGAGCACGGGCCGGAGGCUGUACUGCGGCAGCACAUCGCACAGAGUUUGAGGCAUUUGGUCGGUGAGAUGGUUGUACGUUCCAGUCUCAUUGCUUUAGUGGUCACAGCACAAAGUGAGCAUUCCCUUCAUCCGACCCUGACUAAAGUGCAGGGCUCACACUUCUUCCAGAGCUUCAGCAAGAUCCCAACACCAGAUCAGGCUCAAAGGGGCGAGAUCUUGAGGUCACUAAUACACAAGAAGAACUUUCAGGACUAUCAAGCUACUCUUGAUUUGGACAGUGUUGCCAAGGAAACGGAAGGAUACAUGCCACAUGAUUUGAACCUGCUGCUUGAGCGGGCCAUCCAUGCCUACACUGUACGCAGCAGGAGCAAUGGCGACUCGAAAGAUUUGAGUUACAAGGACUUCAAACAGGCCCUUCAAGACUUUACACCACCCUCGCUCUGGGGAGCUCAGCUGCAGGUGCCCAGCAGGGCGGGCAUGGAGAGUAUCGGGGGACUUCACCAAGCACGUCAGCUCCUGAUGGACAUCGUACUACUGCCGGCUAAGUACCCACUGCUCUUCUCCAGUCUGCCCAUGCGCCAGUGCUCCGGUGUGCUGCUCUAUGGAGCUCCUGGCACAGGAAAGACUCUGCUAGCUGGGGCUGUGGCCAAGGAAAGCAGCAUGAACUUCAUCAGCAUCAAGGGUCCUGAACUUCUCAGCAAGUACAUUGGAGCUAGUGAGCAGGCGGUUAGGGAUGUGUUUCAGAGGGCUCAAGCAGCUAAGCCCUGCAUACUGUUCUUCGAUGAGUUUGAUUCUCUGGCCCCUCGGAGAGGUCACGACAACACGGGAGUCACUGACCGAGUGGUCAAUCAGCUCCUCACACAGCUGGAUGGAGUCGAGGGGCUGACAGGGGUGUAUGUGUUGGCGGCCACCAGUCGUCCGGAUCUUAUCGACCCUGCUCUUCUGAGACCCGGACGGCUGGAUAAGUCUCUCUACUGCCCUCCUCCGGAUCGGGAAGCACGGUUGGAGAUCCUGAAGGCUUUGACUCGCUCUGUGCCAUUGGCUGCAGAUGUGGAUUUGGAACAGAUUGCUGUGGCAACGGAGCUGUUCACUGGAGCUGACCUGAAAGCUCUUCUAUAUAACGCUCAGCUGGAGGCAAUUCACAGCAGCCUGGGGCCCAACCUUCUUCUUGAUCUGGGCUCAGGGUCAGACAGUGAUGUCAGCCUCUCCUCCCUGAUCUUCCUGAAUCACAGCAGUGGGUCAGAUGACUCCGCCGGGGAGGGGGAUGCAGGGCUCGACCAGUCUAUGGUUCUGCUGGAUCCCGGCGAGUUCCCACCUGAGGACCCACGUCACAACAUCUGGCGCCUUUACUUUGAUAGCUCCUUUGAGUCUGAACUGGACAACCAUUCUCUCUCUGAACUGAAUUCCCGAUGCCCGUCUGGGCACAAUUCUAUCGCUCCUGAUGUGACAGGGGCAUCUGUGAGGGAUGCAAGCUCUUGUCAUGCCCCAGUCUUAAUGUCCUGUGUGCAGGACGGCUUUCAAGAACUGACCAAUGAGCAGUCAGAGCAUCUCAGAGCAGAGGUCAAUGCUGUAAAGAAUAGUUACCGCAGAAACAUGGAUGACUCAUCUCUGGUACAGACUGGACCCAGUAAACCUGGCUGUCUCAUAGGCCAGGCUCACCUGACCUCAGCUCUGUCUAACACUAGAGCAUCUGUCAGCAGAGAAGACUGGAGGGGAUACUCUGAACUAUAUGAGUCUUUUGGAGCUUUGAAGGAAGGCAGAUCUCAGAGCACUGCUUCAUUUAAAGCAGGUCAUAGGGUAACGUUAGCUUAAUGAGAGCUUUACACUACAUACAUUUAUCCAGCUCAGGGCAUUAGAAUGUAAAUCUCUGUGGUUUUCUGCAUUUCUAAUUUGACUUAAUUGUAAAUUCAGAUGUAUAGCUUUUGAGUCUAGCAAAUGUGUGAAUGUUAAUAAUAGGGUGAUUGUAUCAAGAAUUUGUCUUUUAAACUCAGUUGCACCCACUGAAUAAUAGUUUAAAGAUAAUGUGUAUAUCAUUACAUUUCUCAUUGAUUUGCUGCUGUAGAAAAUGUACGAAAGAACAAAUGUAAAUGUGAAAAAUCCGUAAUUAACUUUUUUAAUAAAUGGUAAUUGUUAUAGGAA